AUGUCAACAAAAGUAACAAGUACUAUCAAACUUCGACUUCAUUAUUGGAAUUGUCGUGGUUGUGUUCAAGCUGUUCGUUAUAUGCUUGAAGAUAUUGCAUAUACACAUAAAAAUGUUGAUUAUAAAGAAGAUUUUGAAUUACUUGAGAAAUCAGCCGAAUCAUGGAUCAUACACAAGACUGACGAAACAAUAUCCGGACCAUUUCAUAGUUUACCUGUACUUCAUUGGAAUGAUAUACAUAUUUUUAGUCAAACAUUAACAAUAGGACAGUUAUUAGCACGAAAAUUUGAUUUAUAUGGUAAAUUAACAUCAUCCAUUGAUGAUGAAGAUCUUUUACAUAGUUAUAUUGAUGGUGUUGUUUCAUGUGCAUAUAUUGAUGUUAUAUCCGGUGUUUUACAAUGUAUACAAAUUAGAAUUGAUUUUAUUGAUGAAAAAAAUCCAAUGAAUCUUUUAGUAAAAAAAAUUUCAAAUGAUUUAAAAGCAUUAAAUAAUUUACUUAAAAAAAGUUCAACAUCAUUUUAUUAUGAUCAAUUAGAACCAACUAUUGCUGAUUAUUUUGUUUUUGAAGCAUUUACAUUAGCACGUGAUUAUUGUCAUAAAUUAUUACCUAAUGAAAAAGAUUGUCAAGCAUUAAUAAAACUUGAACAAAUUAUGAAAGAACGAUCAGCAUUAGCUAAUUAUUUUCAUAAAGAUUUAUUAUUUAAAUGUUUUACAAGAUCAUCAAAAGAAAGCGAAUAUAUAGCAACACUAGCUGCAAUAAAGAAAUAA